AUGGAAGAAAAAGAGUCUUUGUGUCUCGAAAAGAUCGCGAAAACUUAUAGAGAAGUUGAGCGGCAGCUUAAUCUUUGGAAGGAAACGGAUUGUCACUCAACUGAACAGAUACAGUCACUGAGAAGUCCCCUAGAACAGCUUCACUCGUGCGAGAAAGCUAACUUCAACGACUCCCCACUUAGUAACCAUGAACGAUUGAAGCAAAAACUUCAAUUCAAGCUGCUUAAACAAACAGAGUGUAUCAUGGCAAAAUUACAGCAGGAUCUGUAAGCAUAUUCCUCUUUUAUUCUGUUCUUGUUUGGCGAUCACAUUAAAAGGUGCCAUAAAUUAUAUGUUGACAAGACAAUAAGCUUGUUAUCUUAUCUCGUGCAAAAUGCAGACGGUUUUAGUUCCCAGCCAGAGAGAAAAGCUUUUGUUCUUGGCAACCAAGAUGGCCGCCGCUAUGAUGUCAGCUGAAAACCAACAAUAAGCCAUUUUUCAGUUGUGCGCUCAGUGCCCUGGCCUUUGAAUAGGAGCAAGGCUGGUGGUGACCUUGUUUUGUUACAAACCUUCCUACUGUUCAUGUGCAAAUCGUGGUAUUCGCAUGCUAACAAGCCUGUGAACAUGGUCAUUUACAUGUGAAAAACAAGAAGGUUUGUGACAAAACAAGGUCACUGCCAUCCUUGCUUCUAUUCAAAGGCCAGAGCACUGAGCACACAACUGUAAAAGGACAUAUUGAGGAUUUUGUAGCUUAGUGUGAGCUCAUUAUUAGUUCGCUUAGGAAACGACCCUUUCUGGAAAACUUGUACAGUGGAACCUCUGGAGGAUACUUUGGGUUUUGGUGACAACCCGAGGUACAGAUGGGGUCAUAAUUUCAAUUCAAUCUCCCAAGAAUUCCUCUGACUUGAAGCAAGCUCCAUCCUGCCCCCGCCCACAAAAAAAAGGAAAAAAAGUAGAAUGCUGAAUGUCUUUUGGAGUGCUCUAUAAAAUCAUUGGUCAAAUCAAAUUACCUGGAAAAAAAGAACUAGCCUAACUUUUCUUAGAAACUUAAUACCAAAACUCUCAAAAUGUCCUUUGAACCUAUAAUGCAAUAUUUCAUCUAUAGAUUUUUUUUUUUAGGGAAAUGUACAAGAGUAUUUCAAUGAAGUUAUCAUCACUCUGGUCCAGUACUUUGCAAGUUUACAGCCUCCAUUCAAGUAUGUAGUAAUCACUGAAAAAUUACAACACAGAUGUCACUGAAGGCUGUAAUCUAUGAAAAAUUCAAGGGAGCCCAGUGCUCUGAACCAGUGAAAUCUAGGGUGCCCAGCGUAUGAUUCCUUUGAAAAAAGGCUAAGAUUUUGUAGAUGCUCAGGAGAAAAAGUUAGGCACCAAGGGCUACCGGGUGCUGCUAAAGCACAGCCUUGUCAUUCCAAGAGCAAUGACACCCUCAUUACAACUAAUAUCAACUUGAAUUGUUCAAGCUUUUAAUACCAAAAUGAAGGUGGCUAGCUAGGGAAAGGUACAAGCUCUUAUGAGAAAUUUCUUAAAGCAACUACCUGGCGACAUGACAUGCCGCCACAAAUAGAAUUGGUGAUUUCACUCAUAAGCUGAGUAAACAGCCAGAAUUUUGCAAUGCCACUACAGGUUCCCCAUGAAAUUACGUCUGUGGAACAACUGCAGAAUUGGAGUGAGUAGUGCUUCUGAUUGGUUGUCCUGUGAGGAAAAUUUGCUUCAACCAUUCAGAAGCACUAGCCAGACCUGGGGAGUGACAUGUCAUGAGUAUGGAGUUUCUGCAGUCCUUUCUCAGAUGUCAUUUCUCAGGGAAAACAGUGGUGGUGUUGUGAAAAAUCUUUAAAAGUACAUAAUUAAAAAAAAUUGAGAACUGAGUGAUUUUUUCAUUUUUUAGGUGCUCUGCCCAUGAGUGUAGUAUGUGAUGGAAGUCCCACUCAGCCAUCAAUAGCUGACCUUCUCGAGUGGCUUAGUGAUCUUGAAAGAAUCCACAAUGAGUUGUAUCCAAAAAAUUAGUUGCUCCCUAAAAACUAGCUUCUAAAAGUAAAGUAGUCAUAGGCAACUGGCCUCAGUUGAUCAAAUUCCACUGGAUUCUAUCCACUGGAUAACAUAAUUGGUUUCUCUUAGUAAUUAUCUCCUGGUUGGUGCUUUAUACAGUGGGAAGCACUAUCCAGCAUUUGAACAACUGGGGCCAGGUACCACUAGCCAGUUGUUGUCCAAAAGUGGAUAGCACUAUCCACCAAAUAUAAAAUCAUUAUCCACUGAAUAAUGCUUUUAGUUUUCCUAAUUUGUGUUUUACUUAUCCACUAGACAGGGAUUUAUCUUGCCCAGGUGUUCAAAGGGUGGAUAAGGUUAUCCACUGGAUAGUGAUUUAUCUGGUCUCAGCCAGGUUGCUCAAAGCUGGGUUAAGAUAACCUUAGGUCAGUGCAAAAUUUGAAUUCUAUAGUAGAGGUUUAAGUUCAUUUUCCAUAAUUUGGUGAUUGGACGCUCUAAAAAGAAAACCAAAAAUUAUCAGAGAAAAUGCUUUUGAACAAAACGAUAAAGAAACCCGAGUUAAAAUUUAUCCCUGGGUUAGUGCUAAUCGGCCCUCAAACAACUCAGCCCUGGAGGGUAGUGCUAUCCUGGCCUGUUCUCAAACUCAUCAUGAAAAUGUACUGUGAAGUUUUAUUUGGGUAUGGAUAAACCAUCAAAUGUUUCAAAGGCUUGUAUCGAGUUUUAGAAUUAGUGUUGAACAUUUGAGUGUCAAAACAGCUGACAUUCAGUCAUUUGUAAUCUUCAUUUCAAAAACCUUAGCUGCUCCUUGUGCUUCGAAUCCACUUCUCUGUGACUGGAUAUCAGAUGAAAGACUCCCUCUCAUGUUUGCUAUAUAACAAUAAAUUAUUCAUUUUAAUUCAAACCUUAGGAAUGCUGAAAAUGCCUUCCUUUUUUUUAAGUUCCAGGCAGUUGAAGAACACCCAUUGUCAUUAGAUGCAGGGGGUCAAUAUGAUGUUUCCAGUUCUAAAUAGCCUAAAAUUAGCAUUUCACCAUAUAUAUCGCUAUCUAGUGGAAAAGCAUUAUGAAAACCAAUUGCGAUAUCUAGUGGAUAAAGAUUUAUCCAGUGUACAAUGUAUAGUGCUCUCCGUGCUCUCCACCUUUUGAACAACUGGGGCCACUAGACUAUUAAUUUGUUUUUGUCAAUUACAAGAAUUCUCCGGGCUCGAAAAAGACUUUAAUUCCAGCUUGUCCUUUGGGCAAGCAGCUGUGACAUUUUACUUCCCCGAGGCAACUUCUUGCUUGUCUUAGUUAAUAAUUUUGUCAGAGGAUGACUUGCCUGAACCCUUGCUUAUUGGGUAAGUAAGCUUUAAACGUUACUUGCCCAGCAAGAAAAUCUACUUUCCUGGACUGCGGAGUGGGACUUAUUUUGAGCCCUGCUUCUUAUGGAUUCUGCAAUUGGAUGGGAUUUAAGAUCAAUUGUGCAAAAUGGAACCAAAUUCACUGUCAUAAGAAGUAAUGGGACUUUUUUCCAGCCCUGCUUCUUAUGGAUUCUGCAAUUGAAUGGGAUUUAAGAUCAAAUGUGCAAAAUGAAACCAUCACAUAAGAAGCCUGUUGAAACAACCUUUAAGCAAGGUCCUUGACGCACUUAUCCAGAUAUGAAGAGAAGACUGACAUACUGAGCAAGAUAACAUACACAACAACAAUGGUUGAUGUACACAAGGCUGUCGGAGACUGGACCUCCACACAGGGCAGGCAUGCUCAUAAAAUAAGAGGUAAGGGAAAUUCAGGAUGUCUGGCUUUAACCAGAUGUGGGAAUUGGUCAAUGUGUAACAAUUUGAUGUAGCAGCUUUUGCUCAGCCACUCCCACCUAACCAACUGGCAAGCUUUCCUACCCUAAGUAGUAAAAAGCAGCUGCAUUACCAGUAGUCAAGGCUCCUUUCACUAGAUUUUUUAUAAUAAUUUUUUUAUUGAUUCACAAUAACAAAGUCUUCUUAAAAAUGUCACGCGACUUUCAGAUGGCCCAUUUGAGGUUCUUGGUUAGUCAGGACCAGCCAAAUAAAAGCGAGUGCAAGAAAAUUGAAGAGGCAAGGACUGGGGAUUCCACCCUCUCUUCCUUCCCAUCUUUUUUUUUCCAUGUUCGUUUGCUUUUCUUUUUGCUUGUCCCGACUGAAAGAAUGGAACAAGCAAGUUUAUGUCAUUCUUUUCUAUUCUUAGUCAAAGAAAUCUUUUAAUCGCCUCAGGCAAGGGAAUCUAAGACAGCCUUGAAUUCUGGAUUCAACACCAUGGAUUCCAGAUUCCAUGCACUGGAUUCUCUGUCAGUGGAACUUGGAUUGCAGAUUCCUUGAGCUGUAUCCUGGAUUCCAACUUCCAGGAUUCCAGAUUUUACAAGAUUCCAUGAGCAAAAAUUUCCCAGAAUUCCCUUACAUGGGGCGAUUUUAAAUAAUUGUUAGGUCGUAGUAAAUGUACUUUUGGGUAUAGUUUAAUUUCGACAGUGCAUAUUUUUCUUGUUUUGACUGCUUAGAUAUCAUGGAACAAGUGGCGGUAUUUCUGGCUAGCAGGACUUAAACAAGCUGGGUUUGGGCAGCGGCUGCUACUGCUGUACAUCAGCAGACUGUCAACCCCGUCAUGA